UUCAUCUAUGCCAUAGAUGAUAUUGCAUCUUCCCGCCCAUUCCCAAACCCCAAAUUGCUUAUUUGCUAAUUGCUUGCUGUAGUUUCUGCCGCCGUUGCUUCCUUCCUUCCAGUGGGAGAAGAAGAAGAAGAGUGAUGAUCGGAAGACUAGAAAAUGGAGGGCACCAUACGAUGAUCAAAGACCGAUUUCUAGGGUUUCUAAUCUGGCAGUCAUUCCAGUCCACACUCGUCUACUUCCUCGCCAAAACCCUAUUCCUCCCAUCCACCACCACCACCACCACCAUCACCAUCAUCCUUUCCUUCUUCUUCUUCCACCUCUCUCUUCUCCUCUUCUCCUCUUCCCUCUUCCUCGUGUCCUCUCCUCAGCCCGUUGCCGGAGUUUCCCCUGUCGAACUCUUCUUUGGCCUGCUUAGACUCGUAUUUGUGUAUGGAGGCCAGCCCUUGCCUCCUGAUUUCAGACGGAGGGCUAGGGUUACGCUGCGAUUUUUAUUCUUUGUAGGCUCCUCUGCGGUCUCUGCUUAUCUGGCUGUGCUUUGCCUUUGUGGAGGAGGCACAUUAGGGCUUAGGGGUUUGCUUCUUGGAUUCAUUUACGGACCGCAUUAUGUCUUCACCAGGAGAUGGGUUUUGGACUUCCCCAUCCUUCAGCGGCCUCUUUUCUUCAGCUAUAAAAUGGGCGUUCAGAAGGCAGUUGUAAAAGCCAUUAGUCUUUCAAGCACUGGAUAUUUAGUCUCUUUGGUGGUACCAAUAUUUAUUAGUGACCGCAAGGAGACAAUGCGGGAUCUCGUCCUUGAGCAGAUUGUUUUCUACUUUGCAUCAUGUGUGGUGUUUCUCUGUUGGGAACUGAAUCGCCAUUUGCUUCAGGUGUUUCUUACAAGGAGGUAUAUGUUUGCUCCCCCUAAAGGGUCAGCAGCAGCAGCAACGAACCCAAGUGAUCAUCUUCUUGCAGCUUUGGAGAACACGACGGAAAGAUCAUUUGUGCAUCAUCUUGCUUAUCUUGAUCUGUGUAUGGUGAGCGAGAGUAAUGUUGACACAUGGCGUCGAGCUGCGUUUUUUGAAGAAACUGGGGAGACCUACAAAAAGGUGAUAGCUGUAUGUUUGAAGCCCUUGGAACAGCUCACUUUGGAUUUGACUGAGGGGCUCGGAAGUUCUCUCGAGAAGUCAACGUUCCAACUGUCUCAUCAGUUACGCUCAGCUGCUGAGCUGUCUUCAGUUUCAGGACUCCAUGAACCAUUUUAUGACUUUCAGGUAUGUGCUUGGAGUGCGCGUAUUGCAUCCUCACUAACAAUACGGUCCCACAAAGAAGAUCGUUUGGGGGUUGCCCAACUCUCUGGUUGCAAUGCUGCUACAAUCACCACUCUUCUGUCUUGUUUAUUAGCUGUUGAAACUUUAAUGGGUAAAAAGACCAACCUCCAACCAUCUAACGCCCAAUAUCCCGCCAAUAUCAAAUGGGCCGCAUUAAGCCCAACAACAGCAACAACAGUUGGCAUCAUACCAAACAAGAAAGACAGCCCACACUAUGCAAAAGCAUAUUCCAUGGCCGACAUUCUCAGGACUUCAAUUUACCAAAUCGUGUCAAAUUUCCAUCACGAAAUGAUUACCAGUUCGAAAAAUGGAUUGCUUGAAAAGGAUUGGGUUAGUAAUGGUAAGCCUUUGUAUGGAAGCCGUGAGCUUAUCUUACACAAGCUAAGAAUGUUUCUUGAAUUUCAAGCUAACUAGCUGUUUAAGGCUCAGGAAUGCUAGCUGUUGAUGUGUCUGUCUGUCCUUUUGCUUCCAUCUUUUUUCACCACUCUAAUGAAUGUACUACAAACAUACGACGUUGAGACCUUAAAACGAGAGUUAUUGAAUUCAUCAUAUCAGGCUUUUUAAUUUUGUAAUCUCAAAAUCAUUCCUUGAGGAUGAUUCUUCUCUUU